AACCUUGUUCCUGUUGCUCCUGAGACGAGCCAGGAUAAGCAAUCAGAUAAAGAGACCGACAAGCCAGAGACGGGUUUUGGACCCUACAGGUACCAGAGAAGAAGUGAAAUUCAAGAGGCAACUGAGGACAUUGUACUGUCGCUUAGGCCUCUUCCAACUCCUAGUUUGACUCUCAAAAAUCUUAUUCUAAGGGAAGAAGUUCCUCUCACAACUUGUCUUGUGGUAGCAGCAGGUCUUCCAAAUUCAGGAAAGACAACUGCUCUGGAAUCUACAUUUAGGCAGAAUAUUUUUUUGAAAGAAGAUGCUAAAUAUCCACUUGAACAUUAUCUCAAUAGAAAGAAAAAUGAGAAAUGUCUCUCCGUUUAUGAGUUGUGUAUACUGGGGUGGUGCACCUUGUGAUCAGUUUCAAUGGUCCUUUGCUACCAAUCGCUGUGGAGCUGUUUUUUCGAUCCUUCAUGUUCUCGCACGCAGGCAUCUUAUAGAUGAUCAACACAUUGACAUAAAGUCUUUGUUUGAUGAGCACAUUCAUUGGUUGGUGGAGGCAAUUACUUCUCAGAUGAAGUCUAUAGAGUCAGAAAAGCUACAAUUAAUUCAAGAUGGCCUCUCGCUCAUUAAUGUAUUGGAUGUUGGUGUCAAUAAAGCUAUUUAUGAAUUCCUGCAGACAAUGAUGUCUUGUCGCAGACACAUUCGUCUUGCUUUCUUUUCACUGGAAAGAGAUGCACCCAAUCUUGCUGAGAAACCUGAUCUACCUUCUGAUCGUUAUGGGGAGAGGGGAGAUGAUGUAGUUAUGAUGAAGCAAGGAUCACGACUUGGUUAUCUUUUCCAUUUUGCUACCUUAGGUUACGAAAAAGAUCAACAGAAUAACACUACUGUUAUGAUAGCUACAUCAACUGAAACCACACCAAAUCCCCUCCAGUUCCAAAAAGUAAAAAAGGAAAUCGAGCAACAUGCCGACAAACAAGGUGUUCUUCAAUACCUUAAAUCUUGGGAAAUCAUAAAUACAAGUAAUAAAGAUCAAAUGAAAGAUGUUGGAAUGAAAAUUCAAGAACUUAUAAGACGCAAGUAUUACUCUAAAGUGAACAUACCUCUUCGUUGGAUAAUUUUGCGAAGUCUCGUGACAUCUCUGGAGAAGGGAAACUCAAAAGCAAUUAUUAUGAAAAAAUCAUUCAUCAUAGAGCAAGCAGAUUACUUUGAAAUGGAUCGUGCAGAAGUUGAAAGUUUUCUUGGCGUUUUCUCUGAUUUUGGUAGCAUCCUCUACAUGCCUCAAUUCAAGUCUCUCAGAAGUAUUGUUAUCGUUGAUAUAUACGAAUUUGCACAGUGCAUAGACCGACUGUUUUAUCCCAAACCUGAAGCACCUUAUUCUCAGAAUCUUCUGAAGUAUGGUAUUAUAUCACAAAACGAUAUAAAGAAAAUUCUGCCAUUAGAAAUCACCGAUGACUUUAUAAACAUUCUUAAAACAUUUGCAAUGGUUGCUGAAAUCAAAAGCCCAUCUCGUAUUAUUAUUGAAGACCAAGUGCAAUCCGAGGUAGAAACAUUUUUUUAUUUACCAUCAGCACGAAUCACCAAAUAUGACAUGAUCAGAAGAAAUGAUUACAUCAUUCUCCAUAUUGAAGGUGCUAGCUUUCCUUCUAGUUUGCAGGCUGGCAUUAGUCAUGAGAUCAUGAAGAAUGAAAACACUUUUUUAGUUGCAACUGAAGAUUGCAAUACAUCUCAAUUCUUAUUUGAAUAUGAGUGUAGUUCUUCCAUUAAAAUUCACAUGAUCUAAAGGGAUAGAAAAACUCAUUUAAGAAUCAAUAGUAAUUCUGUUGAUGUCUUACAAUCUCCUGAAGCAAUUGAUGCCUGUAGCAAAGUCCUCACUGCUACAUUUGAAUGCCUGCAGUCGAUAACACAAACACUGCGUGGUGUGAAAUAUUUCGUUGCUAUUCCAUGCAGCAAAUCUAAUAGUGAAUAUCAUUAUCUUUAUCGAUCACACAGGUCUAACCUUUGUGAAACUUGUAUAAAAUCCAAGGAAGAGUUUCGAUUUUGUUGGAGCAAUGCAGCAAAAAAGAUAAUUUUAAGUAUCAUAACGUAUAAUUUUUAUAUCAUCUUUAGUGCCUACCUUUGAAAUAUGACAUGUCUAUCAAUGAGCAUCAGUAAAGCAAUCAAGUAAAGGACAUACAAAUGUUUAUUUUUCUGCUGAUCAUGUUUUAAUAUUUUUAUGUACAUGAUAUAACACUUAUAUUAUUAGACUACAACAUUUUGUCUAAAUCUAGUAAUAAACUCCACUAUGUAUAUCAUUGUUCUUUCAUAGCUUUUACUCCAGCUCUUUCAUUUUUUUAUUUAAAACUGUCUUAACCUCCUUCAAUGCCAGAAUUUACAUGCUUUUGUCUAUCAUUUCUAUGUAAAGCAACAAACA